CAGGUUAACGUAAGUACAGUGAACGUUUGAGUUGUCACAAAUUUCUUUUAACUCGACGGAGUGCAACGGAAAUCAAACGACAAAUGAAAUACAGAUAUGGUUUCAAACUAAUAAGUUGCUAACACUUCCCAUCAUGCUUUUGGGCGUCGACGUCAUCACCAUGCGAAAGCUCAGGCCGGAGUUUGUUGUCGAUUUUUUUUUUAUACUUUGUUAACUGGAAGUAAGAUGAUUCACGAAUUGUUGUUGGCAUUGAGUGGAUACCCGGGGACCAUUUUCACAUGCAACAAGCGAACAGGUUUACAGGUGUCCCAGGACCUACCCUUCCUUCACCCGAGUGAGAUCAGUGUCCUCAAUCGUCUUUGUAAACUGGGUUCGGAUUACAUACGAUUUACGGAGUUCAUAGAGCAACACACCGGCCAUGUCCACCAACAAGAACAUCUCACAAUUCAGGCUAGCCAGACGGGACUUCAUGGGAUAUACUUGCGUGCAUUCUGUACAGGGCUGGACUCUAUUCUGCAGCCAUACAGACAGACCCUACUGGACCUUGAACAGGAGUUCCUCACUGAUCCCCACCUUACAAUAUCCCAUGUGAAUUAUAAGCUUGAUCAGUUUCAGUUGCUUUUUCCCUCUGUGAUGGUGGUGGUGGAGACUAUUAAAUCACAAAAGAUCCAUGGCUGUCGAAUCCUGGAAAUGGUAUACAAGCACAGUUGUGGGGGCCUUCCUCCUGUACGUGUGGCCUUAGAAAAGAUCCUUGCAGUUUGCCACGGUGUAAUGUACAAGCAGCUUGCCGCUUGGAUGCUACAUGGAUUACUGCUGGACCAAAGCGAGGAGUUUUUCGUGAAACAGGGUCCAAGUGCAGGUGGUGCCGUUGCCUACCAGGAGGAGGAUGAAGACGAUCUUGGGCUGGGAGGCUUAAGUGGGAAACAGCUGCGAGAACUUCAAGACCUGAGGCUGGUGGAGGAGGAGAACAUGUUGGCUCCGUCUCUUCAGCAGUUCUCCCUGCGAGCAGAGAUGUUGCCUUCUUACAUUCCAAUACGUGUGGCAGAGAAGAUACUCUUUGUUGGAGAAUCUGUCCAGAUGUUUGAAAACCAUAACCACAGUCCCUCUAGGGCUGUUUCAGGUUCUAUACUCAAGCACCAAGAGGACGCAUUUGCUGCUGAUUUGCACAGACUAAAACAGCAGCCUCUUUUCAGCCUGGCUGAUUUUGAAAAUUUAAUAGAUCGCAUCAGAAGCUCGGUGGCGGAGCAUCUUUGGACACUGAUGGUGGAGGAGUCAGAGCUCCUUGAGCAGCUCAAGAUCAUCAAGGACUUCUACUUGCUGGGUCGUGGCGAGCUCUACCAGGUUUUUAUUGACCUUGCGCAGCACAUGCUGAAGACCCCACCAACGGCUGUCACAGAGCAUGAUGUAAAUGUAGCCUUCCAGCAAGCAGCUCAUAAGGUGUUGCUGGAUGAUGACAAUCUGCUGCCUUUGCUGCACCUCACUGUUGACUACCAGGGGAAAGACAACAAAGAGAUGGUGGGUCCCAGAGACGGAACCACUCCUCCACAAGACAUCUCCCCUCGUGAGGUGCCUCCCACUGGCUGGGCUGCUCUCGGCCUCAUCUACAAGGUUCAGUGGCCACUGCACAUCCUCUUUACUCCCGCUGUUUUGGAGAAAUACAACGUCGUGUUCAGGUACCUGCUUAGUGUGCGGCGGGUCCAGUCACAGCUGCAGCACUGCUGGGCUUUGCAGAUGCAGAGGAAACAUCUCAAGUCCAGCCAGACAGACGCUAUCAAGUGGAGGCUACGUAACCACAUGGCUUUUCUGAUUGAUAACUUGCAGUACUACUUGCAGGUGGACGUGUUGGAGUCGCAGUUCUCUCAGCUGCUUCAGCAGAUCAACUCCACCAGAGAUUUUGAGAGCAUCAGACUGGCCCAUGACCAUUUCCUCAGCAACCUGCUCGCCCAGUCCUUCAUCCUCCUGAAGCCAGUCUUCCACUGCCUGAAUGAGAUCCUGGAGCUCUGUCAUAAUUUCUGUUCUUUGGUUAGUCAAAGUGUGGCAUCCUUGGACGAGAGGGGAACCGCUCAGCUCGAAAUUCUUGUCACAGGCUUCAGACGUCAGUCGUCGCUACUGUUCAAAAUCCUGUCAAGCGUGAGGAAUCAUCAGAUCAACUCAGAUCUCGCUCAGUUGCUUCUGCGACUAGACUAUAACAAGUACUACACCCAGGCUGGAGGCACCCUGGGCAGUGUUUGAGAAGAGCACAGAGGAUUUCCAUUUCGCUGUCCCUAAACUCUCCGAUCAAGCUUUUGCCCUUGGUGUUUCUUUUUAAGUGAUCCGUGAAACAUUGAUGCACUAAAAUUUCAAAUGGCAUAAUAUUCCCUUCAUGGGCUUCUGACUGAUGAUGCUUUGGUUCCCCUUAUCCACAUGCCCGCCUCUACAGUCUCUAGGACAGCUUCUGCUUUAGAGGUGGCUGGCAGGUCUUAACCAAUUUAUUUUGGAAACUUUUCAUAGUUUGGGCAAUAGAACAUUCAGACUAUAGGUCUUCCUUUUUGUAUAUAUUGAAACCUUCUCACAUGUAACAUGUCAAAAAUAAAACCAACCAUUAAAGUGAAA